AUGGCCUUCUUCAACUUGUAUCAGUUGGGAUAUCAAAAUCCCUUUCGGAACAAGAAAAGGGACACAACUGAAAAAACAAACCAGAAGGAACCAGUACCCACUAGGCUUCCUCCGAUUAUCGCAGAAGAUGGGAAUUACUGCGUACACCAGAACAGCCACACAAGGUACCACGAAGCCGUGCGGAAGGUGUUGUUAAAGACAUUCCCCAAUCAGGUCUUCAGAGUCCCCCUGACUGAUGCUCAGAACUUCAGCUUCUGGCGGUCCCACAGUCCGGGAGCGCGCCCAGAGGAAACCACGCCAUGGAUCCGGAGCCCCCGCCACUGCCUCAUUAAAAGCCCAAUGACCAGGUUAGGCUGGACGGGUGGGGUGGGAGGUCAAGGAAAGUACGACUCCUUCCCCUCCCCUCACUGA